AUGCAUUUUCGAAGCAAAAAGUGCUUCAUGCGUGUUUUUUCCUCACUAUAACAAAAAGUGCGUGCAAGUGUAGCAGGACAAAAGGAAGAUGUCGUUGCCGAUCGCUCCUAAAUUGACGCAAAUUUCAUCGGGCAAGGCGGCCACUAAGCUGCUCAAAAAAAAGGCAAACGAAUUCCUGGCCUGUACCCGUGCCAACACAGUGCUCGAGGAGAUUUUGGAGCACUAUAAGGAAUGUCUUGCGCGCAAGGCACCCAUAACGCCAUGUCUGCUGACACUGGAAUACUUAUUUACGCAACUGUUCCUUAGAGCCGAGAUUCGUCCGGCCGAUAUAGAUGCACAGCCUACGUACGUGCCUUCAGCGAAAGAUCCGCAAGCAAACCACCGACAAUGGUUGCUGGCACAGUAUCAGGAAACGUGUGGUCUUGUAGUGGACGGUAUGCAGCACGAGAAGGAAAGCGAAGCAUGCCAAGCACUUGCGACGGCGAUGAAGCUCCUGGCCGUCCAGUGUGUGCAACAGCCGGAGUUUGAUCGGUUCCCGGCAACGGGACUAAAACAAAUCCUUACCGCAAUGCUUUCAUCGCAGUGCCUCAAUAAGCAUCUAUUUAGCCGCUUCCUAGAGUAUUCGUCGCACCUGGACGUCAUUUUCUACUGCUGGAAAACGGUUCCAUCGUUGGUCUCCCGAAACGGUCCGCCGACCGAUGUUUUCAAGCAAAACUUUCUGCUACUGCUCGACGGGAUCAUGUUCGGCAAGGAAAAGUUAAAGGAAACAGAUAGCGUGCUGUGCGUGCCUUUGGGCAGCAAUGGGUUCGAUUACGCCUUCAUCCGGAAGCAGAUCAACCGGACGUGGGGUUUCGUAAUGAACUGGGAGCACAGUGAAACCGUGCACCAGCAGCUACUGAUACUGUUGCUCGAAAAAGUGUUCGUACACCUAGACAAACCGGUACUGUUGACCGACUUUCUGAUGGAUUCGCUCGAUGUCGGCGGUGCGGUUAGUGUACUCGCGCUGCAGGGCGUUUUCGUGUUGAUCCAGCAGCACAACCUCACCUACCCAAAUCUCUACGAAAAGCUGUACUCCAUGUUUGAGCCGGAAAUUUUCCACACAAAGUUUAAAGCGCGUCUAUUCUAUUUGGCCGACAUCUUUCUAAGCUCUACCCAUCUGCCGGAAGGAUUGGUGGCUGGUUUUGCGAAACGGUUGGCGCGCCUCGCGCUGAUCGCUCCACCGCAGGAUAUUGUGAUUAUAUUGCGCUUCGUGGGCAAUCUGAUACUGCGCCAUCCGGCCCUGAAGCGGCUUAUCUUUCAUCCGACCGGUGGCGAAGCGUCCAGUGACCCGUAUGUGAUGGAGGAGCGGGAUCCGUUGAAAUCGAAAGCGUUAGAAAGCUCGCUAUGGGAGCUGGCGGCUCUACAGAACCAUGUACUGCCAUCGGUCGCAUCGGCGGCACGGUUCAUCUCGAAUCCCCUACCAAGCGUCGAAUGGGACCUUUCGGAGGUGUUGGAAAUUAAUGAGAAUGAUAUUUUCCACAAAGAAAUGAUGUCAAAAACGAAAGAAUUUUUCGUCAACGUUGAUCGUCCAACCGGUUUGUUUGGAUAUUGCGGCGGUCAGUUGGCGUCACAGUAUUGGAAACUGUUCUAAAAUUGUAA